AUGCCUAGCUAUCAGGACGACGAACCCUCGUCGUCGUCGGCACCACCGCCGCCCUACUCCGUCUAUGCCCCGAGUUCCGGCUCCGGUGACCUUGGAUCCACGUCCUCUUUCCUCCACCCUCCCGGUCAAGCUCCGGAGAAGGGCUCGCAUUCGGCCUCGGCCAACAGUUUCGGCAUCUUGGAUUCAAAGCGACGUUUAGCCGACCCUAGGUCGUCCUCGGCUCAGUCACUUGCUCCAUCCUUUGAAGACCGUGACAGCGACACUCGUCGGACUUUGUUGAUCAUCUACAUCCAUGGUUUUUACGGCAACGAGUCGUCUUUCAGGUCUUUCCCGGCUCAUGUCCAUAACUACCUGAAGGAAGCACUCGCCGAGAGCCAUGCCGUCCACUCAAAGAUUUACCCCAGGUACAAGACUUACAAGGCCAUUGAUGUCGCGCGCGACAACUUUAGCCAGUGGCUGGAGCCACACGAAUCGGACAAAACCGAUGUGAUCCUAGUCGGCCAUUCGAUGGGCGGCCUACUUGCUGGCGAGGUGGCUUUGAUGCCUAACCGGCACCCAUAUCGGCGCCAGCCGUUCAAGCACCGUAUCCUCGGUACCGUCUCACUGGACUCGCCGUUCCUUGGCCUACACCCAGGCAUUGUUGUCGCAGGAAUCUCAAGCUUGUUCCGCCCGGCUUCGCCAACAGAAGAGACCCAUGAUCAGCUCGAUGCCUCAUCCCACCUGAGUCCAAGCAACUCGGCCAUGACCAGUCCCGACCCGUCCAUGUCGAACCUUGAAUUGACAUCCUCAUUUGGCACGCAGCUUUCGCCUAGCCCAAGCAACACCCCAUCUGUGGCUUCUUCAAACGGCCCGCCGCCACGGACCGACCCGUUCUUCAACCCCCCCUUCUUCAACGACACCAAGUUCAAGGACCGCUCCUUCAUGAGACGGCUGGGCCAUUUUGCCAAGAAGCACAGCGCCGAAGGCAUCUGGGACGCCACCAAGAACCACGUCAUGUCCCAUCUCGAAUACGGUGGCUGUCUGGCAGACUACCCCGGCUUGAAUGCGCGAUACAACAAGCUCCGCGCCUUGGAGAAUGUUGACCCGCUGCAGCAUCUCAGAGAGAACAGCAACUCGGGAAAUAGCUUUGGCCAACCGCCGCUCGCAAGGGUUCGUUUCAUCAACUACUACACUCUUAGCACGGGAAGGCCCAAAAAGCCCAAGUCGCCAAAGAGCCCAGAGUCUCCGGAUCGAGAGCUUCCCACUGGGCCUCCCAGUACGCUCGAUAUCGCUUCUCAGCUCUCGCCGCAGGCACCAUCGACACCUCGUAUUUCCGUCAACUCGGAUGACGGGGAUGAGAUCGAGAUUCUGCACUCUAUCGAAGUUGUUGAUGCGAAGUUGUCAACGCUGCACGAGGAGCAGCAGGCUAGAUUUGACCACGAGUCAGACAAGGCAGUUGCGAAACACGGCCAGGAACCUGUCGUGCCCGAGCACACUGUCGAACCCAAGGGCAAAGGAAAGGAGACAUCGGACCAUGAAAUUGAAUCGAGCGAAGCUCCCAAAAAGGAGGUCGACGGUCAGGCCAACGGGGGAGAUACACAUGUCACAGACGCAAGUGGCGAUGUAUCAGCAGAUCCGGAGCUCCCGCCGAUCCCCGAUUUGCCCGAACCACCCACGCUCCCGGAUCUCGAUAGGUACACGGACAAGGAUGCCCGCAAACAAGCCGAAAAGGAGGCCAAACGGGUCCAGAAAGCCUACGAGCAAGCGGUGAAGAGCCGCGACAAGGCCAUCAAGGAACGUCAGAAACUUGUCGAGAAGCGCCGCAAGAAGGCGGAAAAGGAUGCUUUGAAAGAGACUCAGCGGUUACAGAAGGAAGAACAGAAGGCCAAACAACAGGGAGAGGCCGCACAGAAAAAGCAGGAAAAGGAAAAGGAAAAGGAAGAGGAAAAAGAAGCCCCGAGACAGGAACCAGCGCAAGUCACAGCGGCAGUCGAAGAUGCAUCCGGGGCUUCAUCCGACGAACAGGACGGCCCUCUAAUGAUGAUGGAACCGAUUCCAAUGUCGGAAGAAUACCCGGCACCACAGGCGUCUCCGGCACCAGAAAGACCGCCGCCGCCACCAACGUCUAGAGGACCACCGCCGCCUCUCCCGCCGCGAAUGCCAUCAACUGCCCCAGCAUCAUCGUCAGCAUCCAUCGCCACGACGCAGACGGAUACGAGAGCGCCAGAAGGCCCCUCCAAGCCCAAGAAGGAGCGCAAGUUCUGCACCCUUCCCCGCAAGAUCAACGGCAGACGCGACGAGACGUGGGUUCCCGUCUUCAUGGAGGGCGUGGACGAGGUCGGCGCCCACUGCGGGCUGUUCGUCCCCGGUCCCCACUACGACCGGCUCAUCGGAGACGUGGGCGGACGUAUUCUGGGCUGGGUUCAGGAGGACAUGACGGCGAGGGCCAUUCUGGAAAUGUCCUAG